UCUAGUGCGGGAGCGCUCGGGGUAGGAGCUGGGCGCUUGGGGCAGGGCUGUGGAUCCACCCGGCAGCUCCUGCCCUGGGCCAGCGCCUCCCAAGCCUGGUGUGCCUGGCACAGACCAGCUUCUGCGGGCGGAGGAGACCUAGCUGCCCUGUCGCCCCAGAGGGUCACUGCCAGAUGGGGCUGAGGGACGGCAGGGGGCAUUGGUGAAUCGAGAGGUUCUUGCCUGGCAGGGCUGUGAGCCCAGUGCAAACUCACAGACCAGUACCAAGUCCUGGCCCACAUGCCUGAACCCCACAUGCCCCAGAGCCCUGGGGAAGGCCCCUAUCCCGCCCAAAGGCUCUGCCCAGCUGGGAGUGCCUCUGACAGGCCUCCCCGAGCUAACAUGGGGGGUCGUGCUUCUCUCUCAGGUCCUGUGAGUGGAUGGGGAUGGAGCCCACAGAGCCGGACUACGAAAAGCAAUUCCAGGCCGCUGUCAGAGUCAUUCAGGGCCUGCCUAAGAACGUGGCCGGAGUCCCUCUGUUCCUGCUCUGAUGGUUUGGGUGUGUUCUAGGGUCCUACCGCCCCCCCUACGAGGUGAUGCUACGGUUUUACAGCUACUACAAGCAGGCGACAGUGGGCAGCUGCAAGAUCCCCCGGCCUGGAUUCUGGGAUCCCAUCGGCCGGUACAAGUGGGAUGCGUGGAGCAGGCUGGGGAAGAUGUCCAAAGAGGAGGCCAUGGCCGCGUAUAUCUCGGAGAUGAAGAAGGUAGCCCAGAAGGUCAUUGACACGAUCCCAGCAGGCGAGGUGUCUGAGGACGUGUUUGGGUUCUUCGAACCUCUCUACGAGGUGAUACACGAUAUGCCCCGGCCCCCAGAGUCCUUCUUCAGGAAGAAGGCUGGUGGCAGGCUGGGUCGCGCUGACGAAGCCCUGGAGAGCAGCAAAGUGACCAGUGACUCGGAAAGCGAAGUCUACAGUGACACCCUGGAGCAGACAGAGCCUGGCCAGGCUGGUCAGCGCGUGGCUGGGCAGAGCCUUUCCCUAAGCAGUCCUCAUGCAGCCAGCCUACAUGCCGAUGUCGGGCGUGAGUUCCCGGAAACCUGCAGGGAGGGAGAGCCUGGCGAAGGCGGCGGACUAGCCGGGCGGAGCAGCGAUGGCCCCGGGCCCCUCGGCACAGAGAAAGAGCUGCAAGCUGCCCCGGGAGCCAGGGGCUGUCCUGAUGCUGACCAGGGGGAAGCAGCGAGUGCAGGGCUCUGGCCAGAGCUGGAUGUGCAGCUGCUUGGCACCGUCCGUGCCCUGCAGGACAACAUGCGGAGCGUCUUGAAGAGGCUGAGCCACCUGGAAACGCUGAGCACCAUGCAGGGGCACGCGCCUGGGUCCGGCCCUCGCCACCGGCUGGCCGCGCUCAAUACGCAGAAGCCGUCCCGCUGGCCGCUGGAGGUCUCAGCUCGCACCCUGCUGUUCCUCCUCGCCUGGCCCUUCGUCGUCCAGUGGCUGCUGCGGCGUUUCCAGCGCAGGAAGAGGUGAUCGUUCUCUGUCUGAAUGUGCAGCGCUGAGCAGAAACCCCGGUCGCGGCAGGAACACGCCGCCAGGCUGGAGCUUGCAGCUCAGCCAUCGGGACUCAGCACCCAGCAGACCCGCAGCUCUGCAAUGGGUGACUAAAGUGAUGCUACUCCCAGGAGCUGGGAAAGGAGAACAAGCCAGUCAGCACUCUCUGGGGGAGCAGCGGGCUGUCCCCCAGGUGCCAGGGACAGCUCCUCUGAAGGACAAACCAGUCCAGAAGUGUGGCAAGGAGAGAUCGGAUUCAGCACUUCCUCAGCAAGCUUGGAGCCAUCAGCUCGGUCGGGGGGACCCCAGCCUGGGUCUGGCCCAGCAUGUUCUCCUCUGAGACACCAUUUCACUUGUGGGAGGACCAGGGGACUCUCGUGGGAGGCCUGCCAGCAGGCUCCUCUGUCUCUCCCCACUCACGCCCGCUCAGGUGAUCUGCAGCACGACAGUGGCAGCAAACGGAACACGCCCAUUAAAGAAAAACAGCUUUUC